GAAUGAGCUGGCGUCGCGCGCAAAAAGAGAGAGAGAGAGAGAGACGGACGGACCGACUCGCUCAUCAUGGCUUGGCGCGAUGACCUCAAGCUGGCCAUCUCCAAGGGAUCCUUCUGGAAAUCCCUGAGCUUGGCCAAAGGUGACAUCACGGAUAAUGAUUUGGAUGAAGUGAUCGCCGCCCUGACCGACCUUCCCAAUCUCGAGACGAUAAAUUUGUCUCGCAAUAAGAUCGGCGCUGAGGGCAUCAAGAAGCUGCUCGAUGCUGCAAAGAACCUGGUCAAAGUCAAGUCACUCGACCUCCGCUCCAAUGUCCUUGACAACUCUGCCCUCAAAAUGCUGGCCCUCUUACUACCCCAGCUUCCAGACCUGCAAGUGCUGCACAUUGGCAGCAACACCGUCGGUGACCCCGGCGCAUCCGCCAUUGCUGGAAGCUUGGCUGAAUGCAAGAAGCUACACACCCUCACCCUAGGCAGCAACGGUGUCGGCAAUAUUGGCAUGAAGGAUCUGGCCGAUGCCUUUGCCAAAAUGCCUCAGCUUCGCAUUGUCAAACUUUGGGGCAAUCGCAUCGAGGACAAUGGCAUCAAAGCCCUUGGUGCAGCCAUGAAGACCAUGUCGGGUCUCGAAUCCAUCGAGAUGAAGCCCAAGCUUUUCAUGUUGGGCGCUGGCCACUCAUACGUGCAAACCGGCGUUUUGUUGGGGAACCGGGCAUCACCACUUAGUUUGGACAGCAACAAAAUCACAGACGAGGGCGCUGCUUACCUAGCCCAAGGCCUGGUGGGCACACCCAAGCUGCAGUUUCUUGAUCUGAACAACAAUUUGCUGACAGAUGCAGGUGUGGAGGCUUUGGCUCAGGCCCUACCGACUGUGGCGGCCUCCCUUCAAACCUUUGACGUAUCAAAGAACAAAGUCAAGGACAAGGCCGUGUUGGCCGUUGCAAACGUCCUUCCCCAGCUCAAGGCCCUCAAAACGCUCGAAAUCAAGGCCAAGAAGCUUGAAGUGCCGACUUUGCGAGCCGUGGCUGUGGGCUUGGCUCAGACACCGCCCAUGGAAGCCGUCGAAAUUUCAACCUUAACCAAAGAAACAAGUGUACAGCUGGUGCACCUCAUUGGCAAACAUGCGCACCUCACGGCUGAGGCGGAGUCCAAGUUUUUGCUGGCUUGCUUGCGCGGUGACCCCGUUGACAUUGCGACUCAACUCCGCGCGGAGAAGGUCGACCAAGAAGCCGCGACCUCAUUGCGGGAUCAGCAGUUGGGCUUCUCGGUCCUGCACUGGUUGUGUGUCAACGGCAACCUCAAGGCACUCAAAGCCGUUACGCAAAACUUUGAUUUGCUUCCUCUGUGCAACCUCGAAGUGCGCGGGUUCAAGCCCAUGCAGAUUGCAACACUGCUCGAGCACCAAGAGGUCGUGGCCCAGCUGCAAAAAAUGGGCGACGCCAAUGCCUCGCCGCAGGCAGGUAGUGCAGAUGGAGCUGUCAACCCCGGCCCGAGCACAAAUGCCAGCACAGGGACGCCGCAAGCCGCGGCCGGCAUGGCCAACAGCAGCGGCGCGAGCUUGGGCAUGGAAUCGCCAAUGUCAAAUGCUAUGGGAGCUGGCGCUGGCAUGGGUGCCGUGGGCAUGUCAAACAACAAUGCCGCCGGCAUGAUGGGGAGUGGCAUGAACCAUAUGGGCGGUAUGAAUCCCAUGGGCGGUAUGAUGGGUACCAUGGGCGGCAUGGGUGGGAUGAACAUGAUGGGUGGCCAAGGUGGCAUGGGCGGUAUGGGCAACAUGGGCGGCAUGGGCGGCAUGGGCGGCAUGAACAUGAUGGGUGGUCAAGGUGGCAUGAUGCCCAUGAUGGGCUCUGAUGGCAAUGCGCAAUUCACGCAAACGCUGCAGGCGGCUUACCAAAUGGAGAUGCAAAACGGCCAUCAGUUGCGUCAGCAGCUGGCAUUUGUGCAGCAGAAUGCGGCUCGCGAUCGAGAGCAGUUGAGUAACCAGCUCGAGCAGAUGCGUCGCAUGCACAACGAUGAGUUGGAACGGGAGCGGCGUCAGCGCAACGAGGCCAUGGAUCGACAGGCAGAGCUCAUGAAUCAGGUCAGCACGCUGCAAAGCGACUUUAUGGCCAAGCUCGGGGGUAUGCAGCGUGACAUGCUUGAGCAACAACAGCGACAAACCGAAGCACUGGCUGCGCUGCGCGACGAGCGAGACCAGUUCAAGGCCAAGACGGUGCAAUUGGAGACGCAGUUGAUCAGCGAGCAACGGAUGCGACGGGCUACCAUGUCAGCAGCCAACAAGCCGACAAGCAAGGACGAGGUGCGCAAGGAGCUCAUGGAGCUGACCGAUCAGGUUGCAGAUCUGCAGGAGAAGUACGACGAGACGGUGGAGCUGACACAAAAGCUGUGGGAUCAGCUCCAACUGGCCUUGGUGACGGGCGCGGCCAUGCGGCCCUUGGACCCUAGCUUGGUGCCGGCGGGAACCCGGGAUUUGCUGCGCAAGUUCUACCAACCCGUGGUCAGCGUGCCCGUGGCACGACGGAUCGAAGACACGCCGCUGUGCGACGAUCGCCACAUGUAUGAAGUGGUCGUGACCGUAGGAUUGGAUAUGUGGGCCGUCAAGCGACGUUGCGGCCAACUGUGCCAGGCUUGUGCAGCGUUGGCCGCCCGCGUGCCAGGCAUUGGUCAGCUUGAAUUUCCCCCAAAGGUCACGGUGACGGCCGAGGACGAGGAGUUUCGAGUGGUGGAGGAGCGGCGACUCAAGCUGCAGCUGUUGCUGGCAGGGGUCCUGCGCCUCCUGCAGGCCAACGGACAGACGUUUUUGGACAAGCUGUCUUUGAUCAAGGUUCUUCCCAUUCUAAGCGACACACAAAUGUAGAGUGUCUGUGUCUAUGCUUCUGGACAACUUUUAAUGCCCAGCGGUCAACCUACGCAUCUUCAAAAUUGAAGCAAGUGCCUUGGCAGCACGUUUCUCUUUCUGGCAUUGGUGCUGCCGGCCCACAG